CGGAAAAAUUAUGCAGGAAGUGGACGAAGAAGAAGAACAACAACAAAACAUCGACAUGGCUGCCGACAGUGAUCCCGAGUCAGAGGUGUUUGAGAUCACCGAUUUCACCACCGCGUCGGACUGGGAACGGUUUGUGUCCAGAGUCGAGGAAGUGCUAAAUGACUGGAAGCUGAUUGGGAACUCUUCAAGACAUUUGGCCCCUGAGAAGGGUGAAUACACUAGUGGCACCUGGGAGGAGAAGUCUCAGGAUAUUAAUUUUGCUGACUUUAAGUUCUACAUAACUCAUUACUUCCUGAAACAAGAAUGUGAGAAGGACAAUGGGAAGGACAAGCUUGAGGAAGAUACCUUUCCCUUGGCAAUGCAGGACCUUCUGUGUAUGAACAAUGACUUUCCUCCUCGAGCCCACUGCCUUGUCAGAUGGUAUGGUAUACGAGAGUUUGUGGUCAUCAACCCUGGAACCAACUGCGAGGCAAUCAUCAGCGAGUCCAAAUGCAAUCUGCUUCUCAGCUCCAUCUCCAUUUCUCUGGCCAACAGUGGCUGCCAGGUGCCCAUGUUUGUGCAGAUCCAGCAAAAGUGGAGGCGGGUGUAUGCUGGAGAGUGCCAGGGCCCAGGUGUGCGCACUGACUUUGAGAUGGUCCACCUCCGAAAGGUGCCAAGCCAGUAUAACCACCUCUCUGGCCUGCUUGACAUCUUCAAGUCUAAGAUAGGUUGCACUUUGUCCCCUCUACCUCCAAUCAACAUUGCCAUCCGUUUUACCUACAUUCUCCAGGACUGGCAGCAGUAUUCGUGGCCACAGCAGCCUCCAGACUUUGACACACUCCUUGGAGGUGAGGUGGGAGGAGUAGAGUUUGGGAAGCUUCCAUUUGGAGCCUGUGAGGAGCCAAUCAGUGAGCUUCAUCUUGCAACCACUUGGCCUCACCUGACGGAAGGCAUAGUUGUAGAUAAUGAUGUCUACAGUGACCUUGACCCUCUCCAAGCUCCUCACUGGUCAGUCCGAGUCAGGACAGCUGAAAACCCUCAGUGUUUACUCGGUGACGUUCUGACAGAGUUCUUUAGGCUCUGCUGUAGGAAGGAGUCUACAGAAGAGAUUCUGGGAAGAGGAUUGGCUGAAGAGGAGGUCAAAGAAAAUAGUGACAUCAGCUCUGCUUUAUCGAAGCUGACAGAGCCAGCAGCAACAGUGCCGAUCUCCAAACUGUCUGUCUCCAAUAUGGUGCACAGUGCCCGAAAGCACAUCCGACGCCACAGACGCAUUGAUGAAUCUCCGCUCAACGCUGAUGUACUCAGUUCCAUCCUUCUGUAUCUCUUCCCAGAUGCUGCUGUGGAAAAGUCAUCAGAGAAUAGCAAGAGUAAAGCUGCACAGUCAAACAACUGUGGGAAAGCCGAACAAAAUAAAAACUCUUACGAUAACCUUUUCCUCCAGCUGAAAUCAGCACCCAGUGACAGUUUGACCUACCGGCUGGCACUGUGUGCGUGUCUGGUCAACUACAACCAUGGCGGGCUGCGUGCUGUUGCCCACCUCUGGCAGGAGUUUGUCUUAGAGUUGCGCUAUCGCUGGGAAAACCACUACCUCAUCUAUGGACUAGCUGGUGGACCUCCUGAUCUUCGCUGUUGUCUUUUGCAUCAAAAGCUCCAGAUGCUGAACUGCUGCAUCGAGAGGAAAUGCGCCAGAGAUGAAGCUCGCAAGGUGCUGGAGGGAAGCAAAGAGAGAGAGCGUAAGGUGUCUGGUGGCUGCCAGAAUGGCCGCCCUGUACCACAGUCUGCAGCGUCACCAAUAACGGCAUCCACGUCAACAAGAGAGGUGUCUCCGGGGAAAUCCUGGGACUCAUGGAGCGACAGUGAGGAUGAGUUCUUUGAGUGCCUGAGUGACCAGGGGGAGAUAGAGACUCCGCAUCCUGAGGUAGAAAAGCAUGGCAGUAAAAGUAAAGCAGAGGGUAGGCUGCAUCCGUAUAACAACAUGACUCUACUCAACUCUACAGAGCCUCUCUAUGUUCCUGUCACACAGGAACCUGCUCCCAUGACAGAGGAUCUGUUAGAGGAGCAGUCUGAAGUACUGGCCAAACUAGGCACAUCAGCUGAAGGUACCCACCUCCGUGCCCGGAUGCAGAGUGCCUGUCUUCUCUCUGACAUGGAGUCCUUUAAGGCAGCAAACCCAGGCUGUGUUCUGGAGGACUUUGUGCGCUGGUACUCACCUAGAGAUUACGUGGAAGAGGAGGUGAUCGAUAAGAAGGGCAACACAGUGGUGAAAGGCGAGCUUAGUGCCAGGAUGAAGAUCCCAGGCAACAUGUGGGUGGAGACUUGGGAGACAGCCAGGGUUACACCUGCACGCCGCCAGAGAAGACUUUUUGACGACACUAAGGAGGCUGAAAAGGUUCUGCACUAUUUGGCAGUACAGAAACCUGCAGAUCUGACCUGCCAUCUCCUGCCCUGCGUACUCCAUGCUGCUAUUCUGAAGUUAAAUGAGGAAGAGUCAGCAGAAGACAUUCCAUCAGUAAAAAAAAACAUACAGCAAUCUACAUGUCAAGCUAGCAAGCUGCUGCACCCCCUCAACCAUGACUACAAGAAGUUAGAGGAUUUCAUAAACCAGUUGAUGGCCAUGGAGACAGUCAUCACCCGAGCUCGCUCACUCAAGGCCAAGUUUGCCAUUUGUGAGGGCGCGAAGGGAGAGGACACAGAAGAGUUAGAGAAGUUUGUGAGCUCCCUGCUGGAAGAACCAGAGGUUGUGGUGAUUGGAGCCGGCCAGGGGCCGGCUGGUAGCAUCAUCCACAGGCUCUUUGUCAACGCUCAGAGGUUGGCUGACUUCACCAGUGACGAGGCUGCCCAUCUGGCACCACUGGACGAAGACUUCGGGCUUGACAGGAAGCCGACUGGAGGAAGCAAUAAAAUAUCUGACUUCCCUUCUCCGGCAGGGCGUGAAAUUCUGUUGCGUACAUGUGUCCCUCGGCCAGCACCGUACUCCAAAGCUCUACCACAGCGGCUAUUCUGUGUGUUGAUGAAUGAGGAGUUCAGGCUGGCAGGGGCCUUCUCUUCAGACACUUCCUUCUUCUAAGUCCAAACGCCUUACAUUUUUCAUCUGAAAACCAUGUUCCAUUGUCCAAUGAUGAUUUACACUAUAUAGCCAGAACUGGAAUAGCAAUGAAUGACAUGUUUUGGAAGUGUUGUUGUUUUUGGAAAGUUCUGAGAUGGUAGACGUAUAUAAAAUGGUAUACAAUAUAUACAUAUUUGUCUUGUCUCUUGUGCGACAAGAUAAAAAAAAAAAAAAAAAUCCCCUGGGACUUAGUUAGACUACAUUACGGUGCUGCAUGGAAGGAGCAUCACAGAAUAGAUGUUGUCAUUGAUCUGUAUUAAUGUUUAUGUUCUUUGCAGUAUAAAAUUGUGAUUUCAUUGAG